UUGACGGUAGACGGUUCCGCGAACGCACGAACGCGUACAUAAUGUACACUUUUCGAUUCGUCCGCGUUUAAUUCACUCGUAUACCCGCGACUACACGGACGUGCCCGUGCUCUGUGUGAAUUACGCCCAUUUCGUUCUUAGGUCCUCUCUCCCCCAACCUUUUGCCGCAAUAUUCUAGUGACAGUAGUUAUUCCCCCCUGAGGGAUACAAAAGUAGUGACAGCGAGAAAAAAGUGCAACUUCGCGAAAAAAGGCAAAGCCUACUACGGUGUGUGUGUGUGUGUGUGUGUGUGUGUGUGUGUGUGUGUGUGUGUGUGUGUGGAUGACAAACCAAACUCAGCCACAGACUUGUGCAUUGUUGGCUGUGCGGUGCCAGCAGCAUGGUAUCCUUUACGAUCAAACCAUCACCACUGGAAGGCGUUAGAACGACGACAGAUACGGUGAAGAGCGUGCGAACGGCGGUACCAGCGGAACCGGAAGCAGCCGCGAGCAGUCUGUAGAGAGGCGAGAAAGUAAUAAAACAAUCCACCCAAACAACGAAGCAUCGUCGAAAGCAGCAGUGCCAGCAGACUCAUCAGCAGCAGCAGCAGCAGAGAGAACGGAAAUCAUUCGGAUUUUCGCUCGAUGAAAAUCCAAUCGAUACACGAAUUUGGAAGGCUUUCCAACGCCUAAGCAACACGACAAACUUCCUGCACUACCCGUAAGAAUAAGCUAGAAUCGUGGAAGAUCUAAACCGCUAAACCAUAGACAAUAAGCUAGUCAACUAAACAGCUAAUCAUAAGAAAAAAAAAUUGGUGCUCUGAAGAAGGAGAAACAUCUCGAGGAGGAAAGAGAUUAACGAGUUAUCGAACGACGAAGCAACAAAGCUAACUCAAAAUGAACACCGUACUGCUGGAAUCUCGGCCCUACCGGCCGUUCAAAUCGAGCGAGGAGUAUCUGUACGCGAUGCGCGAAGAUUUAGCCGAAUGGUUGAACACAAUGUAUCCGGACCUGCGCAUCAAUGUGGAAAACUUUAUGGACCGGCUGGACACAGGCGUCGCACUGUGCAAGCAUGCCAACAACGUACGAGUGGCCGCCGAACAGUACGUCGCCCGGCGCAUGGCACGAAACAAAUCCAUGACGAAAUCGAUCACAUCCGGGCUGGCCGGUCCGAUCCUGAGUAUGGGCAAUGUGCACUUUCUGGCCGCGGCCAAGAGUGGCACCUUCUUCGCCCGGGACAACGUCUCGAACUUCAUCACCUGGUGCAGAAAAAGCCUUCAGAUUCUCGAGUGUCUGCUGUUCGAAACGGACGAUUUGAUAAUGCGCAAGAACGAAAAACACGUCAUCCUGUGCCUGCUGGAAGUUGCGCGACGUGGUGCCAAGUUCGGAAUGCUUGCUCCCAUGCUGGUGCAGAUGGAGCGUCAGAUCGAUCGGGAGAUUGCGGCCGAUAAUCGGGCCAACGCUGGCGUUGGCUGUGGAACGCAGACGGAAGGUGAGGGCGGUGGUACCGGCACCGGCAUAUCUACCGGCACGGAAACGGAGCUUUACGACAGUGACAGCGAGGAGGAGGACCACGAGUCCGAGUCACCGAUGCUGAUGUACGGCCCGCAGCCACAGAUCGUAACGAACGAUUUGAAGAGCCUGGACGAGAUGGUUCGUGAUCUGGUGGAAAAGUGCACCUGCCCGUCCCAGUUCCCGAUGGUGCGCGUCUCCGAGGGCAAGUACAGAAUCGGCGAUACCAAAGUGCUCAUUUUCGUGCGGAUUCUCCGUUCACACGUGAUGGUGCGCGUCGGUGGCGGUUGGGAUACGCUUGCACACUACCUGGACAAGCACGAUCCGUGCCGGUGUCGUUCGCAGCAUCGUUCGUCCGCCUCAGCACGGCUCAUCACCAAAACGAGCAACGCGAAUGGAAUCGAGCUGCACAAGGCUCAGGUUCACUACGAUCGCUCUGGAUCUCCGUGGAAGUCUAGCGCAACUCCCAGCCAGAACGGAUCACCGAUUAAUGGCGGUGGUAGCAACAGUAACACCAACACCUUGUCACCUCCAGCACGUGCCAGAAGUCGCAGCCGUAGCCCCAGUGCGCCACGUCGUUUACCGACAGAAAAUGGGGAUAAACUGCAACCGCCAGGAUCUCCGCUGAAAACAUCACGACGCUCGGUGUCACCGAGUCCGCGCCGGAUGCAGGAGAACAGUGUGGCCAAGCGCAAAGCAGCCGGCACAGCCAGCAAUGCUACCGCUGCUGGAGCUGGUGUAGUACACUUUGAAUGUGAUAAAGAGCCGGUGGCAGCGGUAGCUGGAGCGACCACCGCUUUGCCGUCGGAAGAUGACAAGAAUCGUUACGAGAGCGUCAGCGACAAUGGUAGCGAGAUCAGUGACGAGGGUUACCGCAGUUUGGGUGUGGUGCAGGGUGGCCAGACUGCUGGUACCACCACAGCCGGUGGUGCUGGCGGUCUGCGCAAGGGGUUCGGAAACAGUCAACAUUCGAGCGAAGAUGCAGAUACUAAUGCGCAUCUCGACACGACCACUUCGGACUCGCAGGCCAGCCCGACGGAGGAGGAAAGCUCCACGAAAACGAACGACGAAGAAGAUCUGACACCCAUCUCGGAUGAGCUGGCAGUAGCGAACGGCUCCUCCCCGGACGUUCGUCAAUACGCCACGACCGAGCACGAUUCGCUUAUCGAUUGUCCGGACGGGCCCAGCUCUACCGGCCCAGCUUCCGGCUCCUUCGAAAGCUACGGUGUGUACGUGAACGAUGACGAAAUCACGGUGGACAUUGCGAAUGCGACCGGUUUGCGCAAGACGGGCUUCUCCGACCGCAUUAUGGACCGUGCCAGUGUGGCCCCUGCGGCCGCUGCCGCUGGUGCUGGCGGUGUCGGAUCACGCAUACCGCGGUCCCCGGUUGGACCGCGACGAAAGGAAAGUGCCGAAAGCACCGCCAGCGGUACGGUUACCGACGAGUUGGCGAUGGGCAACCAGACCGCCGGUCUACGCAAAACUUCCAUCGCCAAAUCGGUCACGCGCAAACCGGCCGCACUCGCCGGUUCCACCGUGAACGGCCCGGACGCAGCGGCCAAGGAAACGAACACCUGGAGUGGUCGAUCCAACAAAAAGCGACCAUCGCUAACGCCACAGACGUUCAGUGCAACCGGGAAAGCGACCGGUACUCCGGCACACCCGGCACCCGCAUUCACCCGCAACUCGCCGGUGCGUGCCUCACUGGCAGCGGAACGCACGAUGACGGGUCGUAAUCGAACGCCGAAGGCGUCCGGUUCGGCCUGCACUUCCACCAACACGUCACCGAGCAAGAGCUCCUCGGAUGCGGUUGCACUUCUGCUGCAGCAAAUCAAGGACACGCUCGAUUCGGGCACGAACGAUACGCAGAUCGUGGAACGCGUCCGGCGGCUCGUGUCGCAAACCAGUGUGCCGGACGAGCUGGUGAACGAUUUCACCACCGCCUGGGUACAUUCGAAUGGGAAUCUCGAUCGAUCGAAGGUGAUACUGGCGGCCGGUUCCGGCUCAACCACCAACGGAUCGUCACCCUCCAAACCACAGUCCACGCUGUCGAAGCGAGCGAGCACCCUGUCCAAUGCUUCCGACAGUACGCAGUCCAACUGUCGCGAUCUAGCGUCCGUCGUAUCGCCGAGGCGACUUGAUAAGGGCCUGUCCAAGAUACCGGCACCGGUCCGGUCAAACACGGGCCUAUAUUGACGAUGUGUUGCCUAUCCCGUACGUUCCGAUGUUGUGCAAACCACACUAAAGCCAUAUCCAGCAGUAUGUCUCAGAGAGGCCUCUGGCUUUUCCUCUGCCCCGACUAAUUACAGUUUAAACAACACGGUCCAGUCCAGUGAGUGUGAUGGAAUAAUGAGAGCGAAAUAUUAAGUUUGGUUCCGAUUUUGUUUGCAAAUUCCGACACCUUUCCCGUAGACUAGCUUUACAGGGUUUCUCGGGCCAGUUCAACAUUGAAGGUGUUUUAUGCUGUGGAAGUGGCCCGAGAAACCCUGUAAGCAAAACGUCGAUUGCUUUGCUUAUGUUGUUGCGUUGCUCAGAACCAUAUCAGAGGUAAAAGAAUGAUCGAAUUGUUUUGGAAUUCAUCCUUAAAUGGGGCACGUUCGAUUGGCUUUGAUCAAAUGAGACACGAAAUGGGAAGGAUCGCACCUUUGUUGUCAUUUGGACCGGGUGGCUCGCCCCGGAUGUUUUGCUUCCUGUUGUUACUAUUGUGCUGUAGAAAUUGUUUAGUAGUUUAGAAAAGGCCGAACCGUGCUGCAUAUACACCACUUAUAAAGCGAAUCCUAUAAUAAUGCGCUUCCAGACUCGGAUUCUCGCGCGAUCCCGAACACGUGUCUCUCACCCAGCAGACAAAAUAGUCGUGGCGGGAAAUCAUUAUCUCUUAUUAAAAUCCAGCUUUCCAGUAAAUCCUUUACAUGGAAUAAAACUAAAGCAACAAGCUAAAUGUUGAACAGGUUAGAGAAGUGCUAGAGCCAGAACCGUAGAGUGCUGCCGCUGAAUGACUGACUUUUGCUUUUUUACCGAGUACGAGUUUAGGAAAGACCCGUUUUUGACUAGAAUGAGAUAGAAACUUUCGAGAGGUUUUUUUUUUUUUGAGAACCAGGUAAAAUCCAAGGUUCGGUACUGACCUGAUGAUAGGAUAGGAGGGUAGCACCGAAAACUGAGUGCUUGCAGAAAAUAUUUUAACCAGGCACCCGAUCGACGCGUGUCUCCCCUACAGCAGCCGAGUAGUCUUUCCCGUUUUUCCUACCUAGCCCUAAAUGAAUGCCGCAUUUUUUAAACGUUGCACAUUUCCCAUUUUCAUCAUCUCUAGCAUAUAUCCUUCGGAGUGCUAAUUAGCUUAAGGAAAACGCACUGAUGGAUAUGGGCAGAGUUGCUGAACUACAAACUUAGAAAACAAACAGUACGAAAUUGUAAGCGUCCAAUACGAUAGGAGAGGGCUACCGAGGUGGAGGCAAUCGUAACACCGCAUUCAGGCAGAUGAUACAAUUCAUAUUAAAAUUCAUUCAAAAACAUUUACAGGUAAAGAACAAAUUGACACAAAAAUGCGGAGCGGAUAGCAUAGACUUUAAAAAAUAAUUAAAUGGUAACGUAAAGGCAAGCGAAAGAACGUUGAAAGGCGUGGAAAACAAGCAAUUAUCCCCACAUCACCUGGUGAUGAGGAACACGGGAACGAGCACUACGGUUUGGACAAGCAUUACACGCAUAAUCAAAGAGUGCUGUGCAAUAUAUAUGUGCGCAUCUAGUGUGUUAAGUUUGAUAAGCUUAACGGUAGCGCGGCCAGAAUGGCAGUUUACGAUAGGAAGAAGUUAAAAAAAAGUUACUAACAAAACGCAAGUUCUUAUACGAAAAUCAAAAAUCACGAUAAAAACAGAAACACUGGAUUAAACACCACCUUACGUGUAGGGUGGUACGUUCGCAAACUGGUUUAAAGUUUUCUUUUAAGCGGCGUGAAGGGGGAAGAAACCCCAUGCAGCAACACAUGUAAUGGAAACCCACUAGCUAUUUUUGUGGCAAUAAUAAAGCGUCAAUAAAAGUGCAACCUUCAUUAGCAGAGAGA